AUGACCGAGCUAGAUGACCCACCGUCCGUAGAGGAGUUCAUCAGGGCUGUCAAUCAGCUUAAAAGCGGUAAGAGUCCCGGUGGAGAUGGCACUCAGGCUGAGAUUAUAAAACUUCACUGCGUGGGACCGAUUCUGCACAAUCUACUGUGUAAAUGCUGGGAGGCAGGAGAACGUUCCACAGUGGAUAUGAUCUUUACACUCCGACAGUUGCAGGAGAAAUGUAGAGAGCAGAAAACUCCCCUGUUCGUGGCGUUCGUUGACCUUAAUAAAGCCUUCGAUACAGUCAGCAGGGAGGACGGAAAGCUGUUUAAUAUCUCUCUCCUGAAAUCUAAGAAAACCCGUGAGGAUCUUUUCGUUGAUAGUCUUCUCUUCGCUGAUGACGCGGCCUUCGUAUCUAAUUCCGCACAAGAGCUCCAGUCCAUGGUGGAUAAAUUUUCGCACGCCUGCUCUCUGUUUGCCAUGUCUAUAAAUCCCAAAAAAACAGUUGUGCUAGCACAAGGUGCUUCUACUACCCCGGCGAUUUCACUCGAUGGCGCGCCGUUAGAAGUAGUAGACAAGUUCAGUUAUUUAGGGUCGACUGUGUCGAACAAUCUCUUGCUUAAUGCCGAGAUCGACAUCCGCAUCGGCAAGGCGGCAACCAUGUUCGGGAAGCUAGGUACAAGGGUAUGGUACAAUAAGCACCUUACUACUAAGACCAAGAUGGUUGUCUUUCAGGCUUCCAUCUUAAGCAUACUCUUGUACGGAGCUGAAACCUGGACAUCGUAUGCAAAACAAGAACGUCGUCUUAACUGCUUUUACAUGCGUUGCUUACGAAAGAUCUUGGGUAUAACAUGGCAAGACAGGAUCACAAACGAGAGGGUUCUAGACAUUGCACAGCUGCCUAGUCUGAUGGCGCUCCUCAAACAGAGACGUCUGCGUUGGCUAGGGCAUGUGCAUAGGAUGGAACCCUCUCGAUUACCACGACGUGUUCUUCUUGGUGCAGUAGCGAAUGCAAAAAGAGAUGUUGGGAGGCCGUUGCUUCGUUUCAAAGACUGCAUCAAGCGAGACAUGGCAGCAUUUAAAAUCGACCACCGUGACUGGGAGAAGCUCGCGGAAAAACGUCCUGAAUGGCGCAAACGUGUCGCAGAGGGUCGCAAAUUUUGCGAUGAAGCCUGGUUCGGAGUGCUUGCUGACAAGAGACAGAAAAGACAUGAACAUAGUUCGACACUAAUGUCCAGUUACUUCUCUUGUCAAGCCUGUGGUAAGAGAUGUCGCUCUCGUAUCGGUCUGUUCAGUCACGAAAGGCGUUGUAUCACAGACACCACCACAUAA